GGGGAUCAAUCGACAAACGCAACACAGCGCAACUUGAGSCAAAGCAUCGCAACGCAACGAAGGCCCGGAGCAUCUCCAGAACACCGAAGCAACAUCCAACACGCUGCCAUGAGGGACUUCAUAUCGAGAGUGUUAGAAGAGGUGGCCAAGGCAACGGCAACCCCAACGGAAUCGGACACGGCGGAAACGGGAGCCGGUGACGAAGGCUCCGAUUCCGCCGCCAUCGCCGAGGACGUUACCGGCUUGGAACGGUGGAUGGAUCUCGGCUUUGGCAUCGCCUUCCUCGUCACCGCCAUCUUUGCGGCGAAGCGAAUGUCGUGGACGCGCCAGCAAGGGGGAGCGGAGACGACCGUAGUCACCGCCUUUUAUUCCCUGAUCCUGGUGACGUCGAUCUUCCGAUCCACCUGGUUCCUGAUCCCCGCCACGGUGUGGACCCCCAGCUAUACGCCCGUAGCGAUCUUUGCYUGGGACACSGAGCACCCGGCCUGGGUGGGAGCCUUUUUGUCGGAGUUUGUCCUGACGGCGGGGUCCUUGUCGCUCUUUAGCAUCUUCAUCCUCAUUCUGGUCUACUGGGCCGACAUUCUCAAGAAGUACUUCCACCCCGCGUCCCGCCGUACCAUUCCRAUGGUCACCUUUCUCGGGCUGGUGUCGCUUCUGAUCGUGCUCGAGRUCAUCAACAUCGCCGCCUUUGGCUUCGGGCUCUACACGACCGAGGGGAUGAUUCUGUUCAACUCGAUCCUUCUCGCCACCGUUUCGAUCGUCUGCGUCGUCGAGAUUUCUAUUUUUUCGCACCGCUUCCGGACCGUCCUCAAGACGCUCGGUGCCAUCAACCAGGUCUCCACGGACAGCCAGGUCAAACGGAUCGUAUGGAUCACGGCAACGGGGAACCUCUUCUUCUUCACGCGCGCCUUCCUGGAGAGCGUMUUUUGCGGCUACCUGUACGUGUACUGGAAGAAGGACCACACGGUGGCCCGCUCCUUUUCCCACCCCUGGUGGGACACCUUUGUCGGAAUCAAGUUCGUCUCGGAGGUCAUCAUCCUGUCGCUCAUGCUCUACAUCCUGCAGUCGAGGUUUUCUUCGAGCGCGACCGGKGACGGUGGUSCUUCCGGCGAAACCAGCGGCAACGGCCGUCCAACGGGGUACGUGAGCGUUCCGAACACGGACGAGGCCGCUCCGGCCCCGGCGGCGAUAARCGUGUAGUGCAGAGCAAACAAGCGCACUGCUCGAACGUCUCUCGGUGAUUGGCGCCUGCGGGACGGACCGGAGGCUCUGUUCCGUUCCGYGCAGUGCGGUUGCAACACUAGCAGACGAUGGGCAAACUCGAAAACGGGACGUGUUGUUCGAAUUUAUUUGUAUGGUUUGGUUCACGCAAUCAAUGACGAACGAACCCACUGUGGAGUAGUAUUUUGUUACGAGUAUGAAAUGUUUGRCACAAAACAACCGACUACGAYUUUUAAAUAUUAAAAUAAAAAAGGAACA